CGCGUGGCAUCGGAGCAGCAGCUGCUGCUGCAGCAGGCGGCGCACCGCCGCCGCAGCUGCAGCAGCAGCUGCCGCUCAGCGCCACAGGGUUCUGCUUCCGCUGCAUCCACGCGCUGGGAGAGGAAGCAGCAGCUGCAGCAGCUGCAGCAACUGCAGCAGCAGCAGAUCAGCUGCAGCAGCUGCAGCAACUGCAGCAGCAGCAGAUUCAGCAACAGAAGCAGCAGCAGUUGCAGCAGCAGCAGAUGCAGCAGCACUUGUUUCCUUCUCGCCAUGAUGCGCAGGAACAGCAGCAGCAGCAGCAGCAGCAGCAGCAGAUUGAUCCUGGAGGUUUGCUGACACGCGCUUCAGCUGCUGGGCAUUCCUUGCUGGGCUUUGGCCGGCAGCUUGCGCGGAACUUGCUGCGGGCAAGCCCUGCGCCAGCAGCAGCAGCAGCAGCAGCAGCAGGCGCUGACGAUGGGCAGCGCAGUCCACAACAGCAGCAGCAGCAGCGGCAGCAGCAGCAGCAGCAGCAGCAGCGUGCUCCAUCUCGGACGCCCUCAGUCUGCUCCCUCAAAAGGUUUCUAGAAGUGCAGCCUCCCCCAAAGCGGAAACAAAGUCGCACGGAUCCUGCUGCUGCUCUUGGGCUGCAGCAGGAUCAGCAGCAGCAGCAACUGCUGCUGCUACAGCAGCAGCAGCAACAGCACGAAGAGUGGCAGGCGCUGCAGGCGAACGGCCUCCGGGCACAGCCACGCUGGCAGGAUUCUGGAUCUCCAGCAGCAGCAGCAGCUGCUGCUGCUGUAGCAGACACGGGCGUUACUUUGGAGGGGCAGCAGCAGCAGCUGUUGCUGCUGCACUUGCAGCAGCAGCAGUUGCUGCACCGCUGCAGCCGCCACGGCUUCUCGCUGCACCGAGCGCGCCUUUCGCUGCGUCGUCUUGCUGCUGCCUUUGGGGAUGAAAAGGAGCUGCAGCUGCUGCAGCAGCACUACGAGCGGAUGCUGCAGCAGCAGAAACAGCAGCAGCAGCAGCAGCAGCAAGAGGGAAGUACCCAAACAGGCCCCAAUGCGGACCAAGCCUGUGAGGAACGGCGUUGUCAGUCCGAGCAGCAGCAGCAGCAGCAGCAGCAGCAGCAUCUAACCACACAGCUGGGUGGGCGAUUCAUUUCUCUGCAUGCGCCGCUGUUGCUGCAGCGCGAGGAAGCAGUUGCUGCUGCAGUUUCAGCAGCAAACCAGUUGCUGCUCAUGCAAGAGUCUCAUGAACGUGAGCCUCUGCAGCAGCAGCAGCUGCAGCAAGGGCAGCGCCUGCAGCAAAUGCUGCUGCAGCAGGAAUAUGGUAGUCAGCUUAUGCUGCUGCUGCAGCAAGUGGAGCAGCAGCAAGAUGCAGUAGAGGAGUCUCUCCGGCUGCUGCUGCAGCAGACAAAUGCUGCAGCUAAAGCUGCGGCCAAUGCCACAGCUACUGCUGCAGCAACUGCUGCAGCGGCACCGUCAGAUGCUGCGAAAGGAGAUGAAGCAGCACAGGAGGCUUUUGCUGCUAAGGCGCAGCAGCAGCAGCAGCAGCAGCACAAGGAGUCCGUAGGAACUGGGCAAAGGCGUCUGAGCUCAUGCAGCAGCCCCAGCACCAGCAGCACCGGUUGCUGCAGCAGUGUUGGCAGCAGCGGCAACAGCGGCAGCAGCAGCAGCAACAACAACAGCAGCAACAGCAAUAGCAGGAAUGACGAAGAUAAAGCCGGAGGCGCAUCUUGCGCCGCCACCGCUGCAGCACCGGAUCAUGAGGCAGCAACAAAUGAUGGUGAUGCUGCUGUGCUUGCUGCUGACGAAGCAGCAACAGCAGCAGCAGCAGCAGCAGAAACGGCUGCAGAGGCAGCAGCAGCAACAAGGCAGAGCCUGAGGUGGCAAGAUAUCUUGGGCGUCCCGCAGGGAACCGUUGCUGCCCUGCUGCCUGCUGCUGGUGACUCCGCAGCAGCAGCAGCAGCGACAGCAGCAGCUGCAGAAACGACAUCAGCAGCAGCAGCAGCAACAGGAGCAGCAGCAGUAGCUCCAGAUUUGUCGGGUCUUCGCGCCUAUCCGCAUCUGCUGCAGGCGUUGCUGUCUUUGCUGCCAGGAGAGUCGCCUACCCUCGCCGCCAUAAACUCCCUCAUUGCGACCUUCAAUGCCCUAGAUUUGCAGGGUCCUGCCGCUGCUGCUGCUGAUGCAGCAGCAGAGCCUCAACCAGGUCCUCUUGUGUACUGCCUCGAGGCACUGCCCAUGGCCGCCAGGGAGCUGCAGAAGCUCAGCAGCAGCCAAAACGAGUUGCUGCAGAAGGCUCGAGAUGCUGAGACUCAUCUUCAGCGGCUUGUUAACCGCAUGCAGAGGCGACAGAAGCAGCAGCAGCAGCAGCAGCACGGAGCCACGCUGGUUGUCCCGGUGUAUGGCGAUGGAGUGGCGUAA